AUGGUGGCAAAGCUUAUGCAUGCAGUCCAGUACAAAAGCUAUGGUGGAGGACCUUCUGGUUUAAAGCAUGUUGAGAUUCCAAUCCCCACUCCGAAGAAAGACGAGGUUUUGCUGAAAGUGGAAGCAGCUAGUCUAAAUCCAGUUACCGAUGUGGCUGGGGAGAUUGUAGAGGUUGGACAAGGAGUUCAAAAGUUCAAAGUUGGUGACAAAGUUGUGGCCUUACUUACUUACAGUAAUGGAGGUGGGCUGGCUGAGUUUGCUGCAGCUAAAGAGAAAUCAGUAGUUUCUAGGCCACCUGAAGUUUCAGCAGCUGAAGGUGCAGGCUUGCCUGUUGCUGGUCUCUCAGCUCACCAGGCUCUCACCAAAGCCGCAGGGAUCAAGCUUGAUGGAACUGGCCAGCUCAAGAACAUACUGAUCACUGGUGCCGCCGGCGGUGUUGGUCUCUAUGCAGUCCAACUAGCAAAGCUUGGAAACACUCAUGUAACAGCCACUUGUGGAGCUAGAAACCUUGAAUUGGUGAAGAGCUUAGGGGCAGAUGAGGUUCUUGACUACAAGACAACUGAGGGGGAAGCUCUUAAGAGCCCGUCGGGUCGAAAAUAUGAUUUCGUGAUCCACAGUGCAUCCGCAGCCAUUCCUUGGUCAGUUUUUGAGCCAAAUUUGAGUGCAAGAGGGAAGGUCAUUGACCUUACUCCUGGUGCAAGUUCCUUGUUUACUUUUCUUCUAAAGAAAAUCACUUUCUCCGAUAAGAGGCUGGUGCCACUGAUGAUAAAUGCCAACGCUGAGAACUUGGAUUGUCUUGUUCAGUUGGUGAAGGAAGGAAAACUCAAGACUCUGAUUGAUUCAAACCAUUCUCUAAGCAAGGCUGAAGAUGCUUGGGCUAAGAGAAUCAAUAGCCAAUGCACUGGGAAGAUCAUUGUGGAGCCUUAG